GAUGUUGUUCGCGCACCAUCACAACCGAAACUUUGAAAUAAUGAAGGAGCUAGCUAUUUCAAUUGAGUUGUGCUGUCACGGACUAUAGUCUGACGAAGAUGGGACCACUGAAAACUGGACAUUUGCAGGUCAAAGUGAUUGUAAACAAAGAGGCACUUAGUCUGCAUGGAGGCGGUAAAAGUGGAAAUAAUUGCAGUGUGGGGCCAGUUUACUGAUGCUAGUCUAGUCAACUCAUAUUUUGAGAUUCUCUGGCUAGUGUUAGCUCCCAAACCCAGCCACAAUAACGUUAACGUUAGCUGGCUCAAAACACAGCUAUCAUCAUGAAGAGCUGGGUUGAACAAGUGUUCUUUUGCCCUCUCCUGAUGCUCGUUAGACGACCAAGAAGAGGCAACUCUCUUCACUUCGUGUAGGAUUAUUCUGUCCUUUUUAUUGGGCUUCUUGGACUAUCUCCACAAUGUCUGAUCCAGGUAACUGGACUGCACCGCCAACUCAAAAAUCUCACUUUGUAACGGGCGCGAUGCUGAAGCGAUCAAAAAGUUGCCGUAGCAGCAACAGGAAGAGCCUGGGAUUGGGGACACCGUCCCCCACGCUGUCACGCCCCCUGUCCCCUCUGCCCGUCCAUACAGCAGCCAGCAGCCCAUUGGAUAGCCCAAGAAAUGUCUCCACCAGUGCCUCGGUCAACUUCCCCUUCGCUCGCAGUCAUAUGGCUCGCACUGACAGAGCGGAAGGACGACGAUGGUCACUGGCUUCUCUCCCUUCAUCAGGCUACGGUACCAACCCUCCCAGCUCCACAGUCUCCUCAUCUUCGUCGUCUCAAGAGCGCCUCCAUCAGCUUCCGUACCAGCCCACUCAGGAUGAGCUCCACUUCCUGUUUAAACACUUCCGCAGCUCUGAGAGUGUGACCGACGAGGACGGACGCCCCGCCACCGCCAUGCGCCCACGCUCACGGAGUCUCAGCCCGGGCCGAGCCAGUGGCUCAUUUGAUAACGAGAUCAUCAUGAUGAACCAUGUUUACAAGGAGCGCUUCCCAAAGGCCACGGCCCAGAUGGAGGAGCGCCUGCAGGACGUGCUGGUCCAGUGCUCUCCAGACAGCGCUCUGCCGCUGGGGGACGGAGUUCUGGGCUUCAUUCAGCACCAGCUGGUGGAACUGGGCCGCGACUGCCUGGACAAGUCCCGCAAGGGCCUGGUCACCUCGCGCUACUUCAUGGAGCUGCAGGAGAAACUGGACAAGCUCCUGCACGAGGCGUAUGAGCGCUCGGAGAGUGAGGAGGUCUCCGUCAUCAGUCAGCUGGUGAGGAAGAUGCUAAUCAUCAUAUCACGGCCUGCCAGACUCCUGGAGUGCCUGGAGUUUGACCCUGAGGAGUUCUACCACCUGCUAGAGGCUGCGGAGGGCCACGCCAAGGUGGGCCAGGGCAUCAAGACCGACAUCCCCCGAUACAUCAUCAAUCAGCUGGGCCUCAACCGAGACCCCCUCGAUGGCAUGGUGCAGCUGGACCAGUACGAUUCCAUCGACCCCAUUGCUGUGGAGUCGGAGGAGACCACAGAGCAGAACCGCUUGCUGCUCACCCCGUCUCGGAGGAAGCCGCUGGAGAGUGAUUUUGAGACCAUCAAACUCAUCAGUAAUGGGGCUUAUGGGGCGGUGUAUCUGGUGCGGCACAAGGAGACCCGUCAGCGCUUUGCCAUGAAGAAGAUCAACCGUCAGAACCUGAUUCUGCGGAACCAGAUCCAGCAGGUGUUCGUGGAGCGCGACAUCCUCACCUUCGCAGAGAACCCCUUCGUGGUCAGCAUGUUCUGCUCCUUUGAGACCCGCAGACACCUGUGCAUGGUCAUGGAGUAUGUGGAAGGAGGAGACUGUGCCAACCUGCUGAAGAAGAUGGGGCCGCUGCCAGAGGACAUGACGCGCAUGUACUUCGCCGAGACUGUGCUGGCCCUCGAGUACCUGCACAACUACGGCAUCGUCCACCGCGACCUCAAACCAGACAACCUGCUUAUCACCUCCAUGGGGCACAUCAAGCUGACGGACUUUGGCCUGUCCAAGAUCGGCCUGAUGAACAUGACCACCAACCUGUACGAGGGCCACAUGGAGAUGGACACGCGCGAGUUCAUCGACAAACAGGUGUGUGGAACCCCUGAGUACAUCGCCCCGGAGGUGAUCCUACGGCAGGGCUACGGCAAGCCAGUGGACUGGUGGGCCAUGGGCGUCAUCCUGUACGAGCUCCUGGUGGGGUGUGUGCCCUUCUUUGGAGACACGCCCGAGGAGCUGUUUGGACAGGUGGUCAGUGAUGAGAUCAUCUGGCCAGAUGGGGACGAUGCCCUGCCUGUGGACGCACAGGAUCUCAUCACCCGUCUUCUUAGACAGAGUCCCCUGGAGCGACUGGGAACAGGUGGCGCUGGGGAGGUGAAGCAGCAUCCCUUCUUCUCUCGUCUGGACUGGAACAGUCUGCUGCGGCAAAAGGCCGAGUUCGUCCCUCAGCUCGAGUCUGAGGACGACACUAGCUACUUCGACACGCGGACUGAGCGCUACCACCACCUGGGCUCAGACGAGGAUGAGGAGACUAACGAUGAAGAGUCGUCCCUGGAGAUCCGCCAGUUCUCUUCCUGGUCCAACCGCUUCAGCAAGGUGUACAGCAGCUCGGAGCAUCUGGCGACCCCGUGUAACCUGAGCUUCUCUACGGACCGCAGCCCCAGCGAGGACAAAGAGGAGCCCAGGGCCCCGUCCCCUGCAGACACACACACACAGCGCCACGCAGGGGACGAACACAGGCUCUCCGCUCAGAGAGCCAGUCUGCGUGUGCGGGCCUCUUCUGGCUCCUCCCAGUCCGAGCGCAGCACCAGUCCACUGGUCAUCAGCAGCACACACAGCCUGGAGACCAUGCCACGCUUCGCCCUGUCCACCGACGACGAAGCAGAAGUGGUUGUGUCUAACCUGCACCGCAUCAGGAUCCGGAGCAACAGCACCGGGGCCAAACACUCGUCUCCAAGGGAACAGGGCAGCUCACGGCGCUAUGGCAACCAGCUCGACACCCCCGACAAGCACAGGGUGCCAUCUGGGGGCAAAGUGCCCAAGUCUGCCUCCGUCUCUGCUCUCUCCCUCAUCGUCACCACAGACGACGUGUGUGUAGGUGGUCUCCAGACGAGCCCCAUCUCCCCGCGCUCCCUCUCGUCCACCCCUUCGUCCCGAGACUCGUCCCCGAGCCGCGAGCUCUCGCUCAGCCUGACCUGCCUGCGCCCCCCCAUCCUCAUCCACUCCUCCGGCAAGAAGUACGGCUUCACGCUGCAGGCCAUCCGCGUCUACAUGGGCGACUCGGACGUCUACACUGUACACCAUGUGGUCUCGAGUGUGGAGGAGGGAGGGCCUGCGCAUGAGGCAGGUCUUCGGGCUGGUGACCUCAUCACACACGUUAACGGGGAGUCGGUGCAGGGGCUCGUGCACACGGAGAUGAUGGAGCUGCUGCUCAAGAGUGGCAACAAGGUGGCGCUGCAGACCACGGCCCUGGAGAACACGUCCAUCAAGCGUGGACCCGCCCGCAAGGCCAGCUACAAGGGCAAGAUGGCCCGCCGCAGCAAGAAGUGCAAGAGGAGGGACACCCAGGACCGGCGUCGCAGCAUCCUGAAGAAGCUGUCGCAGCAGAGUGGCGUGAUGCAGAGCAGUCGCAGCUUCUCGUCCGGUCUGCAGCACUCGGUCUCGUCCAGCGAGAGCCUGCCGGGGUCCCCCACACACAGCCCCUCCCCUGGACCCUCCACCCCCUGCAGGAGCCCUGCUCCAGACCACCACGCCACAGAUGCGGCGCUGUCUCCCCAGAAUCCAUCUCCGUGCUCGCCCAGUUCCCCCGGCUCACCUGCGGCCCACAUCCGGCCCAGUUCCCUGCACGGGCUCAGCUCCAAGUUGGGUUCGCAGCGCUACAGCAAGGUGGGCCGCCGCAAGUCCACCAGCAGCAUCCCGCCCUCGCCGCUGGCCUGCACGUCCCCCCAGCGCUCGCCGUCGCCCCUGCCGACCAUCGCCAAGGCGCUGCGCUCCUCCUUCCACGGGCGCACUCUGUCUCCGCCCACUCUGGUGCGUCCACGCAGCGCCGAGCCCCCCCGCUCGCCACUCCUCAAGCGCGUCCAGUCGGCCGAGCGCCUGCCCGGCGCCUACCACCACGACAGGAAGUCCUUCGCCCCGCGCCGGCACACGCUGGAGGUGCCGCACGCCGAGGCCGACGCUCUGGCUGAGCUGGAGCCCGAGGGGGCAGCAGGGGGCGCUGUUCGGCUGGGCCUGGGCUACGGCGCCGCCCAGAGGCUCUGGUCAUCGGCGGGCAGCACGGAGCAGCUGGUGGUGAUGCGCAAGCUCAACCUGUCCGAGCGCCGCGACUCCUUCAAGAAGCAGGAGGCCGUGCAGGAGGUGAGCUUCGACGAGCCCGACGAGAAGCCGGCCGCAGCGGCACCCCCGAGCCCCCCGCGGCACCGCGCCGCCUGGUUGCUAGGCAACGGGGAGUCGGGCGAGGAGGACGGGGUAGCGGGGGGGCGCAGGUGCCCGCUCGUGCCCCAGAUCGCCGUGCAGGGCUCCGAGAGCGAGGAACAGGAAGACUGGGAGCCCUGCUCCGACGACCAGGAGGACGAGGAGGAUGAGGAGCUGAGGAAGACUACCGAGCAGGACGCCCAGGGUGCGGCCCAGCCUGCAUCUGUUGCCCUUGGCAACAUGCAGUGGGUGGUGUCCACGGUGACUCCGCCCAGCCCCCGUAGAGGGCAGAAGCCAAAGCAGAAAUGAAGGGAGACUGGUUGGGUUGGGGGUUGGGUUAGGGGUUGGGGACGGCACGACAAGAGGACAAACUCUCCACAGACUCUCCAUGCACUGAAUAAAAGACUGAACUCACGGGCUGAACCCCCUUGCCAAACACAUCGUCAUGAAAUAAAUUUAGCAAUUUUGGAUAGUUCUGUUCUUGGGGUGUUUUCCUGCGUUGUACAUUUUGUAAAUAAGUAAUGGAUAAGCAUGAAGGUGCAGUGGCAAAGCUUCCGUUUAUGUCUGAAGCUCCUGAAGGAGUAUCUAAGGAUUCAAACAGAACCACAUGUUGAGCAGCCAUGAUCAAACUAUCAUUUGCACUCGUUUUGGAAUAUAUCUGGUUUAUAAUGGCCUGAGAGUUUAACAUUUGUAUAAAUAUAUAUUUUAAAUUGGAAUGGUUUGGGCCAAAAUAAGCUUGAUCAGAGUUUGACAAGCAAUCAGUCAAACUGCAAGAGCUGUAGCUGAAGAAGAAAGCGAGAGACUCUGAUGCUCUGAUCGCAGGUCCGUCUCAGCCCCGUACGGCUGCAUAGAUCCUGUGAUGUUCUCACCUAAUCAGCCGAAUGCACUUAUCUGUAUUUAUUACUGGGCCAGCCAGGAAGCUUGUUUGGUUGUGAUUCUGCAAGCCAUACACCGUGGUGAACUAAUCUCAUUUAGUGAAGACUCCUCUGUGGCUGAGCUGCAGAGCGCCAUGCUACUGCACUUCAGGGUUUCACGUCCUGAGGAUUACUAUGGACAAAAAAACACUGAAAUUGAAACCUGAACAAAUACACACUAACACACACACAUAGAUUGUGUUGCAGUCCGUCCAACAAGUCCAGACGGCCUUUUUCCUCCAGGGUGUGUGUGUGUGUGUGUGUGUGUGUGUGUGUGAACAGGAUUCACAGGUCAGAGUCCAUGCACUCCAAGCCCCUCCCCUCCGGGGUGUGUCCGGGGCAACCUGCUCGUCGUCAUGGCUUCCUUCGUUUUCCACGGGUUAAUGUUUACAUGUGGGCAAGACUGCCCUGACCAUGCUGCACGCUCUCUGCACGCUCUCUCCUGCCGAGGGAAGGAAAGAACCCGUCUGAAGGGCCGUUUUCUGGGGUGUUUAGAACCCGUCUGAAGGGGCGUUUUCUGGGGUGUUAAGAAACCGUCUGAAGGGCCGUUUUCUGGGGUGUUAAGAACCCGUCUGAAGGGCCGUUUUCUGGGGUGUUUAGAAGCCGUCUGAAGGGCCGUUUUCUGGGGUGUUUUCUGGGGUGUUAAGAAACCGUCUGAAGUGCCGUUUUCUGUGGUGUUUAGAAGCCGUCUGAAGGGGCGUUUUCUGGGGUGUUUAGAAGCCGUCUGAAGGGCCGUUUUCUGGGGUGUUUUCUGGGGUGUUAAGAAACCGUCUGAAGUGCCGUUUUCUGUGGUGUUUAGAAGCCGUCUGAAGGGGCGUUUUCUGGGGUGUUUAGAAGCCGUCUGAAGGGCCGUUUUCUGGGGUGUUUAGAAACCGUCUGAAGGGGCGUUUUCUGGGGUGUUUAGAAGCCGUCUGAAGGGGUGUUUACUGGGCCAUUUACUGGGCGUUGGGCGUUUAGUUCUCUCUGAAUCCAGGGCUCCCUAUUUGUAUCUGACAUGAUGAAUCCUUUUGUUAGUUUAUUUUUUAAUGUAUGAAGUCCUGUACAUUUUGAUACAAGUGUUAUUUCAUGUGACCUUUUGAUGCAUUGCAAACUUGAAGAUGCUUUUGUGGUGGAUAGGUGGACUUUAUAUGGAUGACUGUGUUGCACUGGAAUGGGGGUUUGAUGAUAAUCAAUUGGCCUUUUGGCUGUAUUUUUUUUUUUUUCUUUAUUUGUUUUCACUAUAGAGUUCACCGUAGAUAUGCCAAGUCUAUUUUACAGUCUUGCAGCGGGCAUGCAGCGUACUGCUCCAGCAACGCCCCUUCCUCUAACAAGCGCUACUUCCUGACUUCUAUGGUAGUUCAGCAGGGUCCCCUUCCUCUAACAAACGGUACUUCCUUACUUCUAUGGUAGUUCUGUACUCCUGUACUGUUUUCUCUGAACAUUUGAAUGAGUUUUAAUGGCGAUGUAACCAAAGCAUUGUGGCUUUUAUUCUGUGUUACUUCAUAGGAUGUGAAGCCUGGAACUGUCUGACCCUGGAGAAGGGGGAAGAGAGAUGUAUGAAGCAGACCUGUUCUGUGACUGUUUGUGAAACAUGUUUACAUUUGUGUUUUUGUGUGUGUGGAGGGAGUCAAUCUCCCUUAAACAGACUAAGAGAAGCAGUGUUUUUGUACUUGUACUUGACGGUGCAUCCCAACGCUACUCUCCUUUUGGAAAUAUUGUUUUUGUUUGUUUGUUUACUACUGGCUCUCCAAGGCCACUGUAAACUUCUCGGCUUCUAGAGGUGUCUUUCUUACGUUGGCAUGCCUCACGGCAUUGUUCUCUUUUCAGGAUGUUCUAAAUUGCAUGCAGCAUGAUCAUAUGGGCACACAGCCAUACACACCUGUACACACACACACACACACACACACAGCCAUACACACCUGUACACACACACACACACACAGCCAUACACACCUUUUACACACACAAACAGCCAUACACACCUGUACACACAAACACACACACAGCCAUACACACACACACACACGGUUGUAUGGCUUAGUGGGCAGAAGGUCCAGCUUAUGUUCUUGUGUCGCCUGUCUCCUGUCAAUGAUCGGAACCAGCGUUGAGCCCACACAUUUCCAGCGUUGAGCACCCACAUUUCCAGCGUUGAGCCCACAGCAUUGAGCCCCACACAGCGUUGAGCCCCACACAGGGUUGAGCCCCACAUUUCCAGCGUUGAGCCCCCACAUUUCCUGACCUCUUCACACUCGCAGUGCAAACUUUUAUAGCUUCAAUCAUCCGUUUGUUAAAGUCCUCUUAUUUGGUACAGUCCUCUCUUAAAAGUUCCCUCACCAGUUUUGAUUUGAAAUCUUUUUACCUGCUGUCUGUUAGUGUAAGAUGCAUCAAUGUGGAGAGUAAUCUGGGAAGUGGUCCUUCUCACAGCAUUUGCACCCUUUGUUUCCAUCACCUCGUGCUAGUAGCUGCCCCAUCAUCAACCUCAGCAUCCGUACCUCCAUCAGCAGGCUGGGGUUCGUCUCACCCCUAGUUGUCCUCCACAUCUGUACCUGGGGCUCGUCUCACACCCCUAGUUGUCCUCCACAUCUGUACCUGGGGCUCGUCUCACCCUUAGUGGUUCUUGUUGCAUCUUACACUCUGGAAAACUGGUAUUUGAUGAAGUUCAUGUGCCAUGUCUUUGUUGUUUGUGUCUGUCAGAAGGGAUUCAUCUGACAUUUUAGUAUCACUGGGUUUUUAAAACGACAAUCACCAAGCUAACCGCUGCUGCUCAGACAUCCCCCAUGUUAACUCUGUACCUGAGGGUUCAAUGCUAUUUGUUUGCUGAUAAAUUAUUCGAUUAGUGGACUUCCAGAACAGUGAAAAUUCUGUGCAAAAAUGUAUUUAUUCUGUAUGAUUUACAGGUCAUCAGUGUUUUUAUAAUAAACUAUACCCAUGGCUUUGGUAUGGUG